UUCCGAAUAUGACGGAUCAGAUUCGCGUUCCUUUCGGACGGUCAGUCACGAUAUACAUUGUCGUGUGUUACUUCAUGUGGCUAUCACGAGUUACAGGAGUGAAAAACAUCACGCACGGGGUAGCAAGACACCUUAGAUCUAUUGGAUUUCCCGAAGGCAGCGGCACGGGGAUAUUCUUCGCUCUCGGGGUACCCCUUGAUAUUCCUGGCAAAGCUGUGUCAUUCUCUUUGACCUUCGAAGCGAAUUACGCUCUCCCAGGGGAAUGGAAUUCCACUUAUUACUUGGACGGUCCGCAUCUCAAGAAACGAAGUCUAAAUCGACGACUGGCGUACAAUAUCCUCACGAACAAAUUAGAAAGUUUUGGUUAUUCUGGGAAAUAUUGUUUACCAAAAAUGAUCUGCGAGGUUGCCAACUAUCCUUUAACUAGUAACGGGGUGCUUGGCGAUGUAUUGCAAAUUUUAUUUACACCAUCCUCUUCGCAAGAUGAAAAUCUUUCGAGCGAGAUCACCGAGGCUGAAUACACGAAAGAUUGCAAUUACCGCUAUAAAAAAUGCCCCGAAAGUCCAUUAGCCUUGAUAAGGCGCCAUGAUCUUAACGAUAAUAGUUGAAAAAGCCAUAAUGUUAAUCUUCAUAAUACUGUCGUCCAAUAAUGAGGCUGUUAAGGAAUGCACAAAGAAUGUUAUACCACACCUCCCUGAUAAAUAAUAUUAAUAAUAAUAUUAUAAU